GAUCUUUCUUUGCCGCCUUUAUCUCUGUCUGCACUGUGGAAAAGCAGUGUGUUUUCCCGCUCCAGUCCACUAGGUGGUGACAACGCACCAUAAGUUGCCACAAAAGUAGAAGAAGAUAGCAAAAGAAGAUAACUACUGUCUGGGGUCUGAUCGCUUCAAAGAUGAUCAUCUGGGUCGAAGCUCUGCGCAUGCGCAUCAUUUGAAUCCUAACGGCCAACUACCACUGUUCGCUGAAGGAAAAGCUGUCAUUGGGGAGCUUGUUGAAGAGGUCAUCGGUUCUCUCUCGGGUCCAGCUGAAGAUUUCUUCUUCAACUUCACCAAUUGAUGCAGUGAGAUCCAGUCAAGCAGAAGCAAAUGAUUUUUGAUUCAAUUUGGAGCAAUGAUGUGUCAUGAGUUCAUCAACGGCUCCAACAACUCCAGGGAAGCCCACAGUCAACAUAAAAGUGGCUUGCUUUUGCCGCAUGGUUUGAUGUGACGCAGCACAUUAUUGACGGGAACCUUCCAGAAGCUUCUGUGAGCCAUCGACAGACACAUCACAAAACAUCUGAAGAGCAUUAAGCUGGAAGGAGAUUAUCAAACCGUAACUACAUUAAAUCAGUAAUAUUUGCUUAAAUGUUAUUCUGUGGAAUUUUGUGUGUGUUUUCUGUGUUUUCUAGUUGACAUUGAGCAGCUUCUGAAGCAGCUGAAGAGAUCAUCGGUUCUCUCGGGUCCAGCUAAAGAUUUCUACCAACAUGAGUUUGACUCGCCAAUAUCUCAUUAUAAAGUACUAGAAAAGCACUAGAGCACAAACCAGCUCAGAUCACCCUCAUGUAUCCCAUCAUCCUUUUCAGUCCCCAAUUUACUCUCUCUUUUCACUGUCUUAUAGUAAGAUUCAAAUCACCAUCCAACAGAAUUUGACAUUAUGGAUACAAUCCUCCAAGACAGAGUGUUACAAAACACACUUCAGUAGUGACAAGCACAAAAUGUCAUGACACGCUCAAUAUACAGUGUGUCUCAUAAUGAAAACCUGUAAUACAGGUCUGUUCAUUUCCAUAUAUCCUUGGUCAUGCAAAAUCCAUCAGUAAACAAACAACAUUUGUUUAAUUCAGCUAGUGUUCUAUGAGUCUCUCCUGUUGUCCUCAGAUCAUUGCUGGCCCCUCCCUCUUCUUUUUAUUCAAUUCUUCUUUUUCCUCUUUCGUUUCUGCCAUCACCGAAAGCACCAUCGACUGCAGUAGGGUUGAUGGUGUAUUGUUUUUUAAGCAGAUGAAAAUGAGGCUAUGAGGGAUAGACCUGCAGUCUUUACAGUGGCACGCAAUGUAUAAAGGUCAUAGAUCACGUGUCAUUUUUACAACUUUCAAAACUAUUUUAUGGAGUUUUUGUCUACUGAAAGGUUUUUUUUUUAAAGAUGUUUAACCAACAAACUAUUGCCAUGUUGUGAAACUACAGUACAAUCCACCGAACACACUGUAAUCGCUUACAGCCUCUCUUUCAUUCCUGUCAUUCAUGUUUACUGUCCUGUUCUCUGGUUAGUAGUUUUAGACAUCCAGUAAAGUAUAUUCCUGCUGAAAACAAAACAGCUAAAACCAGACAAAUCUGAGCUGGUCUUCCGACCUGAUCACAGCUGGUUUAGCAGGCUGGUUUAGAGGAGUUUUACCACUUCUUUACAUGGUAAGGGCAAUCUAAGAUGGUCAGGCUGACCAACCAGAUAAAACCAGCCAACCAUGAGUCAUUCCAACCACAUCAGCAUAAUAAGAGUCAUAGAUUCAAUCUCAUCACAAUUUAUGUCAUUUUUGUGUACAAGCCUUAUUGUUCCUAAAUCCCAUUCCAGUAAGUUGGUUGUGUAGCUGUAACAUGUUUUGCUACAUGAGUUUUUCAGGUACUAGAAGUGAGAUGGCCCCCUCUUGUGGCUGGAUGAAUUUACUGCAUUUAAGAAUGUGUUGAUCCUGCAGUGUUUAAUGUCAGACUGUAAAUACAGAGAGCAGCUGGUCAUCAGUUGUGAUCUGGAUCUCAUAUCAGAGUCUCUACAGACUAACAUUCAUCAUUUACCUUUGAUAACAUACUUAAUUUCCAUGCAGUUCUGAGGUCAUCAUGUCUUUAUUAAAUCUGUGAACUCUUGAUUAGUGUACUUACUGAUUGUAGAAAAAAAGGAGUAAUUCUGCCUUAAAGGGAUAGUUCGCCCAAAUAUGAAAAUUCUGUCAUUAUUUUUCCACCUUCAUGUCAGUCCAGUCUGGUAUGAUUUCUUCUGUGGACCCAAGAAGAUAUUUUGAAGAACGUUCUUGAAGAACGAAUAUCUUCUUUUGUGGUCCACAGAAGAGAGUCUUCCAUUGGGGAAUAAAUUCAUCAUGAUUGAAACCCAAUAACGUUUUCUUAUAAUCUUAUAUUUGUACUGUAUAUCGUCUUAAACUACACAGCUCAGGAUAGUCACUAGGGUUUAAGACGUCUGUGUUUUAGUGAUGCCAUCAGCCAGUCAUGACAUAAUUUUCCUGCAGCUCUUGAGUCAUUAUGACAUUUACAGCUCAGGUGAUUGACUCAAAAACAGCUGCAUCCAUGUAUGUUAUCAUAAAUGUACUGUAAGUGAAACUGUUUUGGUAAAUCAUGUUUUCUGCGUGAAAGCAUUUGCACACAGAUUUUGGGCCCUAUCAUACACCUGGCGCAAUGCAACGCCAGGUGCGACGCAAGUGUUUUUUGCUAGUUUCAGCCCGACGCAGUCAUUUUCACAUCCAGCGCCCACGUUGUUUAAAUAGCAAAUGCACUCGCGCCCAUCUGUUCACCCAUGGGUGUGCUGGUCUGAAAACGAGGUGCGUUCAGGCGCAUUGUUGGCUUGUUGCUACUUUGAGGAACUUAGAACGACUGCGCCAUCGACCAAUAAAAACCUGCACUAAAGUCACUAAUGCGUUUUAUUUAAGGGGCGCAUUAGUUAGGGUUAUAGGCGGGUGUACAAUGGCAUACAUUCACGCACAGGGACACGCAGCAGCACACAAACAUUUUUAAAUAUUAAAAAUGAAAGGAUUCCUCUCUGGAGAAGCGUUCAGUCUUUCCGCUUGCAAAUUCCGCCAUGUAAAUAGCGAAUCCACCAUGGUGCGAGCGCAACUGGCUUUUAAAGGGAAUGGGAAAUGAGACUCUGAUUGGUUUAUUGCACAUUACGCCCAAAACACACCCGUGAUUCAUUAAGAGACUAGGUACAACCCUUUUAGACCAUGCACCUGGCGUAACGACCAUUUUUUCCGUCGUUAAACUAUCAAAAGUGGAUUUGUGCACGCCCUAAGUGCACCUGCGCCAUGAGCUACAGACCAUGUGCUCAGAUCAUUAAAAUAGGGCCCAUAAUGUGUGUACACACAGUUAGUGAAUGAGAUCCAUCUUUUCUUAUUGGCUUAUCAAAUUUUAGCUUUAUUUGCUGCUGUUUUUUGCAAUGUAGAUAUGUAUUGUUACACCUGAGCUCUCGUUGUUUAAAGCUGUUUCAUCACUUAUUAAAGCAGCUUUAUCUGUUGUGUGCUCAUGACCUGCAUCCCAAAAGAUCCAUGAAAUAAUGAACUGUUCCUAACUGAACACAAAGCCUUAGACAAGAAUCAUGAGAGAGCGGAGAGGAGAGGGAUUCAUUGGUAGUGAGUUAAAGAGGAGGAGGAGAAAAGAGAAGAAGAGAGCCGGGGUUUGUUUUCUCAGUAGAUGCUGCAGCUCUCUGGAGAAGAAGUCGUUCCUCUUACUGGAUCAUCCAGCAUCACGGAUUUUUGUUGAGACGGCUGAAAUGGGAAACACCACGAUGGAUAACAGCACCUCGACACAUCCCGACAGAAACUCCACAAUGCCGGAGAACUCGCUGGAGGUUCAGGUGGUCACCAUAUCUCUGUCACUGCUGAUCUGCGGGGUGGGUAUCGCUGGGAACGUCAUGGUGGUUUUGGUGGUGAUCCGUAGCAAGCACAUGAUGACUGCAACCAACUGCUACCUGGUGAGUCUGGCGGUGGCCGAUCUGACCGUGCUGCUGGCUGCUGGCUUACCCAACAUCUCUGAGGUCGUGGCUUCGUGGAUCUACGGCUACGCCGGCUGCGUUUGCAUCACGUACCUGCAGUACCUGGGCAUUAAUGUCUCAUCUUGCUCCAUCACGGCCUUCACCAUCGAGCGCUACAUCGCCAUCUGCCACUCCAUCAAAGCCCAGUUCAUCUGCACCGUGUCACGAGCCAAGAAGAUCAUCGCCUGCGUUUGGAUCUUCACGUCUCUGUACUGCAUCAUGUGGUUCUUCCUGGUGGACACAAAUGAGACCGUUUAUGCUAAUGGCGUCGUGGUCCGGUGUGGCUAUCGGGUGUCCAGGAACCUCUAUAUGCCCAUAUACUUCCUGGAUUUCACCUUGUUUUAUGUCGUUCCUCUUGUUGUGGCUUUGGUUCUGUACGGUCUGAUCGCCAGGAUUUUGUUUCGGGACCCACUGCCGAUGAAUCUGUCAGAGCAGAGGUUCUCCGUCCAUCAGGGCCGACGGCAGAGUUCAGUGAAGGUGUCCUGUAAAACUAACAGUGCAGCGACAUCCAGAAAACAGGUCACAAAGAUGCUGGCGGUGGUGGUGGUUCUGUUCGCUCUCCUCUGGAUGCCGUACCGGACUCUGGUGGUGGUGAAUUCCCUCAUGGACCCGCCGUAUUUGAACACCUGGUUCCUGCUCUUCUGUCGCAUGUGCAUUUACACCAACAGCGCUGUCAACCCCAUCAUCUACAACGCCAUGUCACAGAAGUUCCGUGCUGCUUUUAAGAGGCUCUGCGACUGUAAACGCAGGUCAGAUCAGGGCAGAGCUGGAAAAUGCACCGUAAGUGUUUACUACAGCGCCAUAAAAGAAUUCUCCAGUGAAAGCACUGCACAGAGAGCAGAGAAGAAACACGAUGGUAUGAAGACAGACACGCUUGAUCUGAGCACAUUAAUGUCAGGAGCCUCUGAUUCAUGAAAAGUGAAAAUAAGUGAUACAGUUAAUGGAUGAUUUGGCUAGAAGUGAGCUGCAUGCAUUACUAAAAAGGCAAGUUAGGAUUUAAAAAUUCCAAAUUGUGAUAUAUAAACUGGCAAUUCUGAGAAAAAAGUCAGAAUUGCGAGUUAUAAAGUCAGAAUUGCGAGAUAUAAAGUCAGAAUUGUGAUAUAAAGUCAGAAUUGCGAGAUAUAAAGUCAGAAUUGUGAGAUAAAGUCAGAAUUGCGAGUUAUAAAGUCAGAAUUGCGAGAUAUAAAGUCAGAAUUGCGAGUUAUAAAGUCAGAAUUGCGAGUUAUAAAGUCAGAAUUGUGAGAUAUAAAGUCAGAAUUGCGAGUUAUAAAGUCAGAAUUGCCAGUUAUAAAGUCAGAAUUGCGAAAUAUAAAGUCAGAAUUGCGAGUUAUAAAGUCAGAAUUGCGAGAUAUAAAGUCAGAAUUGCGAGAUAUAAAGUCAGAUUUGCGAGUUAUAAAGUCAGAAUUGUGAGAUAUAAAGGCAGAAUUGCGAGAUAUAAAGUCAGAAUUGCAAGAUAUAAAGUCAGAAUUGCAAGAUAUAAAGUCAGAAUUGCGAGUUAUAAAGUCAGAAUUGCGAGAUAUAAAGUCAGAAUUGUGAUAUAAAGUCAGAAUUGCAAGAUAUAAAGUCAGAAUUGCAAGAUAUAAAGUCAGAAUUGUGAUAUAAAGUCAGAAUUGCGAGUUAUAAAGUCAGAAUUGCGAGAUAUAAAGUCAGAAUUGCGUUAUAAAGUCAGAAUUGUGAGUUAUAAAGUCAGAAUUGUGAGUUAUAAAGUCAGAAUUGCGAGAUAUAAAGUCAGAUUUGCGAGAUAUAAAGUCAGAAUUGCGAGUUAUAAAGUCAGAAUUGUGAGAUAUAAAGUCAGAAUUGCGAGUUAUAAAGUCAGAAUUGCGAGAUAUAAAGUCAGAUUUGCGAGAUAUAAAGUCAGAAUUGCGAGUUAUAAAGUCAGAAUUGUGAGAUAUAAAGGCAGAAUUGCGAGAUAUAAAGUCAGAAUUGUGAUAUAAAGUCAGAAUUGCAAGAUAUAAAGUCAGAAUUGUGAUAUAAAGUCAGAAUUGCGAGUUAUAAAGUCAGAAUUGCGAGAUAUAAAGUCAGAAUUGCGUUAUAAAGUCAGAAUUGUGAGUUAUAAAGUCAGAAUUGUGAUAUAAAGUCAGAAUUGCGAGUUAUAAAGUCAGAAUUGUGAGAUAUAAAGUCAGAAUUGCAUUAUAAAGUCAGAAUUGCGAGAUAUAACGUCAGAAUUGCGAGUUUUAAAGUCAGAAUUGCGUGAUAUAAACUUGCAAUUGCUAGAAAAACAGUCAGAUUUGUGAGUUUAUAUCUCGCAAUUCUGACUUUAUAUCAUUGCGUGUUAUAAUGUCCAAUUGUGAGGAAAAAAAGACUUUUUUCUCAGAGUUGCGAGUUUACAUCUCAUAAUUCUGACUUUAUAACUCACAAUUCUGACUUUAUAUCUCGCAAUUUUGACUCUAUAACUCAAAAUUGUGAGUUUAAAUCCCUCAAUUCUGAGAAAAAUGUCAGAAUUGUGAGAUAAAAAUUCACAAUUACCUUUUUUAUUUUUUUUAUUUAGUGGCGGAAACAAGCUUCCAUAAGUAAGUCAUGGCAACUUACAUUACUUUAACUCAUCAAAAUAAGUUUCAACUUUUUUUAAAUAAGCUAUAUGAGAUUCAGCUCUAUUUUAUGUCAGUUUAAUAUAAUUUUAGUUGAAAAUUUGAGGCAGCCACUGAAUUUAAGUUUUUAAGUUGAAAUAGGUGGAAAUUGCUUACAGUGGCUUCCGUUCAUUUUUGUAUACAGAUUGUAUAAAGGUUUUCCAUAUAAAUUGAAUUAUCAUACAUCGGUGUGGUUGUAGUGAUCGAUCCAGUAAAUGUUGACAGUGGUGUACUCAUAAAUGUGAGAAAUAAUUUAAUUGUUCAGCUCUUUGUGUGUUGGCAUGUCUCUGUUAAUGUUAAAGUAGGAAUAAAACAUUCGAGGGAACCAUAUCAGGAGGAAUCAAAUUGGCAUUGAUUUUUAAAAUAAGAGUUUAUUGUAUUAGGAAAAUAAACUAUAACUUCUACAAUUUAAAACGUCCUUCCCAGACAUAAAAAUAACCUUAUUUUUUUAUGAUUUGAGUUACGUAUGUUUGAUAGUACUUUAAAUUUUAGGAAACACUGGAUACCUCAUGACAUGAACCCUUUAAACGCAUCUAAGAAACGUGUUUUAACAAAACGUUAAAAUACUUUAAACAUUACUCUAGUGAUCAUGUAAGAUAGAUAGACAACAAGGGUUUGGUUUAAUUGUCAAAUAAGAAGAGCCUCUUCCUCUCAUACUGUAUUUAUGAUAUAAACUGUUUAUUGCCCUUCAAGAGUUAUUGAACACUGUGUAGUUUUCAUCUGAAUGUAUUGAGAGCAUGAAAAAAUGGCAAAAAUGUUGAGAAAAUAAAUUUAGCCUGGUGCUUCAUACCUGCUUACUUCCUUUACCUGUUUUCAUCUGUCAUUCUGCUUCUUUCCUGACAGUCACCAGGUAAAAAUAGCCGUUUCAUCAUUUCCUGUGGGAAUUAAAGCACACACGCUUCAUAAAUGCACCGCAUCUGAUCAAACGCUGGUCAUAAUUCACUGAACUGAAUCUCCGUCAGUUUCUGCAUUUCCACUUUGACUCACCAUUUCUUCUGUUCUGUUUGUAGUUAUUUUUGUUUGCUUGAUUUUUAGCUAUUUUAGUACAUGCUUUGAUUUUUUUUUCUCGCUGUUUCAGAUUCUGUCAUGCUCUUGAUGUCAGGGACGGUUAUUCAUCACACAACUUUUUUCAUCAGAAUUCACCUUUCACUUCUUACACUAAAUGUUUCAAAGGUUGCAACACUCAAACUUAAGCUUGGUAAUCAUCUGUUCUCUUUCUAUCUUAUGUUGAGUCUCUUCUGCUCACCAAAGCUGCAUUUAUUUGAUUAAAAAUACAAUAAAAACAGUGAAAUUUUAUUAUAAUUUAAAAGAACAAUUUUCUGUUCAGUAAUUAUAAUGUCCUAUGCUCGUGUUGUAUCGAGUCUCGUUUGGAAUGGUUGCUACAGCAUAAGUUAUAUUUAUUUUACCCAUGCCGGUCUGUUAUUGUGAAUAUAAUCACCUCUAAAUGGCAUGUAAAAACAACACGAACUAUGAUUGUUCAGUUUGAUUCUGAUGAUGCAUUUGUGUUUGUAAAAGUGCUAAAAUGAUGCAGAAGUAGUAGUUUUUUUAUUAUUAUUUGCAGUGAUCAUGCAUGCAAUUUUGGAUGGUUAAUGGCAAUAUUUU